AUGUCUCCAGCAAGAGGUGACGAUGCCAUCGACCGGGUGGCCGUCAUCAGGCCCAACGUUGACGAGUCGACCGCCGCCGAGGCAGCUGCUGCGACCGAGGCCGAGCACAACACGGGCCUCCUCAAGUCCCUCAAGCUGUACAAGAAGGCCUGCUUGUGGUCCAUAUUCCUCUCGACUUGCAUCAUCAUGGAAGGCUUUGACAACAACUUUCUCGCCAGUCUCUUUGCCUAUCCUGCUUUCCAGCGCAACUUUGGUGUCGCCCAGCCCGACGGCACUUAUCAGCUCACAGCCGCCUGGCAGACGGGCUUGACCAACGGCGUGCUGGCUGGCCAAAUCCUUGGCCUGUUCGCCAAUGGCAUUAUCGCCGACCGCUUCGGAUACCGCUGGACCCUGAUUGGCUCCCUGGUUGCUUGCAUUGGCUUCAUCUUCAUCAUCUUCUUCUCCGAGACGCUGCUCCAGCUGCUCAUCGGAGAGAUCCUCAUCGGCAUUCCUUGGGGCGUCUUCCAAACGCUCACGACCACCUACGCCGCUGAAGUGUGCCCGACUCAUCUGCGAGCUUAUCUAACAACAUACAAUAAUAUGUGCUGGGUUAUCGGACAGUUCCUCGCAUCUGGCGUGCUCCGCGCCAUGCUCUCCCGCGACGACAAGUGGGGAUACAAGAUACCUUUCGCUUUGCAGUGGGUAUGGCCGGUCCCGCUGAUCAUUGGCAUCUACCUCGCCCCGGAGUCUCCAUGGUGGCUCGUCCGCAAGGGCCGCCUCAACGAAGCGAAGCACUCACUCACCCGCCUGACGAUGCGUAACUCUGGUGUUCCCUUCAAGCCCGACGAGACCAUAUCGAUGAUGGUUCACACCAACGAGAUGGAAAAGGAACUGCUGGCCGGCACCUCAUACACCGAUUUGUUCAAGGGCGUCAACAUGCGCCGUACCGAGAUCGUUUGCAUGACGUGGAUGAUCCAGACCCUGUGCGGUGCAACCUUCAUGGGCUACUCGACCUACUUCUACCAGCAAGCCGGCAUGGCCGUCGAGGACUCGUUCAGCAUGUCGCUGGGCCAAUACGCCCUCGGCAUCGUCGGUACACUCAUGUCCUGGUUCUUCAUGCAGUGGUUCGGCCGUCGGACGCUGUAUCUCUCAGGCCAGAUCGUCAUGGUCGUCCUACUCCUCACCAUUGGCUGCGCCGCCUUUGCCGGGAAAGAAAACGUCACCGCGCAGUGGGCUAUCGGCUCGCUCCUACUCAUCUACACCUUCACCUACGACGCCACUGUCGGCCCCGUCUGUUACUCGCUCGUCUCGGAGCUGACCUCGACGCGGUUGCGCACCAAAUCGGUCGUGCUCGCCCGUAACAUGUACAACAUCAUGGGGAUUGUCACCAACAUCAUCACGCCGCGCAUGCUCAACCCGACCGAGUGGGACUGGGGCGCCAAGUCAGGCUUCUUCUGGGCCGGCACCUGCUUCUUGUGCGCCCUCUGGACCUUCUUCCGGCUUCCCGAACCCAAGGGCCGCACAUACGGCGAGCUGGACGUGCUGUUUGAGAGCGGCGUCUCAGCGCGCAAGUUCAAGUCCACCGUGGUGGAGCGCAUCGACGGCGUCAGCCGCGACGCCCUUGCCGAGAAGGAAAAGGCGCUCGCGGAGGAGGUCACAGUGGAGCGGGCUGAUAGCCGGCCGAACUAG